AUGCUCAAUGUAAACAAUGACGUGAUGUUAACAAUCCGUUGCUUAUUGCCCUAUUGUUUGUUCAAUUGCAGUCACGGCGAUCUAUCCAAUCCCCGAUGUGGGCCUCAAGGGCGCUUGAAAUCCGAGCGGCUGUGGUGUGAUUUGGCAGUAAUAUUAAACUCCAUCGGUGGUGGAGUAAAUAAAUCGGCAGACAAAUGGAAAAAGGUAUGGGCCGACUGGAAGUCGAAAACAAAAAAAAAAGCAUCGCUAAUAAGGCGUCAUGCAAGUGGUACUGGUGGUGGGCCGAGUAUUCGCCAAACCCUCACAGCUUUUGAGGAGAGGGUGUUGGCCAUCAUGGGGAAUUUGACUGUGGAUGGUCUGCCAAGCAUUCAGGAACAAGGCUUUGGACUAUCACAAGUCAUCUCCUCGCCAACUCUGGCCUUGAGUCCACCACCAGCCACGCACCAACAAGACACAAUUGAUUUUGAAAUCAUAACAGCCAAUCAGUCUGUGGCAAUAUCACCACCUGCGCCCACUACUCCUACACCAUCUUGCAGCUGGCAGCCACCGCACACCCUCACACAGGAGACCUCAACAUCGCAAGACCAAUCCAUGAGGAGUUCAAGAGUGCAACCUGCACCUUCUACCCCUCCGCCGACCUGCAGGCGACGAUUCCCACCAACCCCGAGGUCUGGGAUAACUGUUUCCCCCACACAAACGUCUCUAAGGGCUCGCCGGAGGCGUACACUCACACCAUUCGACAGAGUGACGAGUGAGUUCGUUGCCAUCGAACAGUUACGUCUUCGGCAGGAGGAGAGAAGAGACAGGCAGCUGUAUGAGCUGGAAACCCGAAGGAUAGAGGUUGACCACCAGCGUAAUCAAGUGUUACGCAUGUUUGCAGGCAUUGCGCAAGCGUGGUUUGACCACUAUCGGAGUAGGGACAAUACAGAGCAAUAA